UUGAAGUGAGACUCGUGUGGCGUGGGAGGAUCUUCGUCCUGCUUCCUUGUGGAACUUGCUAAACAGAGGUCCUCCUCUUCCUCCUGUUCCUCUUCCUCUUCUCUCUCCUCUUCUCUCUCCUCUUCCUCCUCCUCGAGAAACUUCGCCGGGAUGAGCGGCGGGCAUCAGGCACUGGUGAGGAUGGAGAGCGUGUUGGAGGACCGGGAGCGCUACGGCGUGCCCGACGCCAUCCUGCUCGAGGACUACCAGAACGAGGCCGUCUUCAUCGACAACCUCAAGAAGCGCUACCACGAGAACGUCAUCUACACCUACAUCGGGCAGGUGUUGGUGUCGGUCAACCCGUACAAGGACCUGGGUCUCUACACCGACGCCCUGCUCGAGAAGUACAGGAACGUCAAUUUCUACGAAGUGCCACCUCAUGUGUUCGCCAUCACGGAGAACGCUUACAGAACCAUGACAUCCGAGGUGACAGACCACUGCAUCCUCAUCUCGGGCGAGUCGGGCGCGGGCAAGACGGAGGCGAGCAAGCAGGUCCUGCGGUUCCUGGCGGCGACGUCGCUCCACCGGCGGGAGAUCGACCGCGUCCGGGACCGCCUCCUGCAAAGCAAUCCGCUGCUGGAGGCCUUCGGGAACGCCAAGACCAACAGGAACGACAACUCCUCGCGCUUUGGGAAGUACAUGGACAUCGAAUUCAAUUUUAAGGGCGACCCUGUAGGAGGCCACAUCCUGAAUUACCUGCUAGAGAAGUCUCGCGUGGUGCACCAGGAGCACGGUGAGAGGAACUUCCACGUGUUCUACCAGCUGUUAGCGGGCGCACCUGAUGACCUGCUGGCCAAGCUCAACCUCGUCCGAGACCCUAGCAACUACUUUUACCUCAAGCAGGGUGACAGCAGCCAUGUAGGUGGCAUCAAUGACCGUGGGUGCUUUGAAGCUGUGGACUAUGCCCUAGACAUCCUCAACUUCUCAACAGAAGAGCAGGAGGCCAUCUGGGGCGUGAUUGCGGCCAUCCUUCACCUGGGCAAUGUCACCUUCACCGAAGAUGACAACCGCAACGCCAAAGUCGUGGAUGACCAGCCUGUCAAGGAGUGCAGUAAGCUGAUUGGUUGUGAACCAGCACAACUAUUGAAAGCCCUGACCCACCGCACCAUUGAGGCACGAGGAGAUGUGGUCACGUCACCUCUUAAUCCAGACCAGGCUGGAUAUGCCCGUGAUGCCCUAGCUAAGUCAGUGUACGAGAGGAUCUUCAACUGGCUCGUUGGAAGACUGAACCUGUCUCUGACAUCCAAUGAAAUCGGCAGGAAGACUCUGCUUGGUAUCCUAGAUAUCUAUGGGUUUGAGAUUUUUGACCGAAAUGGCUUCGAGCAGUUCUGCAUCAACUACUGUAACGAAAAACUACAACAGGUGUUCAUUGAGCUCACCCUCAAGAGUGAACAGGAGGAGUACAAGCGCGAAGGCAUUGAGUGGGAACCUGUCAAGUUCUUUGAUAACAAGAUCAUCUGCGACCUGGUUGAGGAGAAACAUAAAGGUAUCAUCUCCCUGUUGGAUGAGGAGUGUCUGCGGCCAGGUGAUGCUAAUGACCUCACUUUCCUUAGCAAGAUGGACUCUCACCUGUCCAACCACGACCACUACUUCAGCUAUGAAACUGCCAAGAACAACAAGGUGAAGAAAACCAUCAACAAAGAUGAAUUCCGCCUUCGCCACUAUGCUGGCGAGGUGGCCUACCGCGUCCAAGGCUUCCUUGACAAGAACAACGAUCUCCUUUUCCGCGACCUCAAGCAUACCAUGUCACAGGCCUCUAAUAUCAUCGCAAAGUCUGUCUUUCCAAGGGAGGAGCUGCAGAACAAGAAGAGACCCGAGACGGCUGCCACACAAUUCAAGCAGAGUUUGGGCAACCUCAUGGAAAUCCUCAUGAUCAAAGAGCCUUCAUACAUCCGCUGCAUCAAGCCUAAUGAUGAGAAACGUUCCUGCAACUUCAACUUUGAGAGAGUGAGCCACCAAGUCAAGUACCUAGGGCUGAUAGAAAACCUGAGGGUGCGAAGAGCCGGUUUUGCCUACCGCCGUCUCUAUGAGAUCUUCCUGGCACGCUACAAGUCCCUGUGCCCAGCAACCUGGCCCAAGUACCCAGGCCCUGCCAAGGAUGGAGUCAAGGCCAUUGUGGACCAUCUGGGAUACCACCCAGAAGACUAUCGCAUGGGAGAAACCAAGCUCUUCAUCAGACUGCCAAAGACCCUGUUCUUCACAGAGGACCGCUUCCAGAUGCGUAAGGCUGAGCUGGCUACAAUGAUUCAGGCCAAGUGGAAGGCUUUCAUGUACCAGCGCAGGUACCAGAAGAUGCGUGAUUCCGUGACCAGGAUAGCCAAGCACUGGAGAAGGAUUAAGGCCCAGAGACUGCUUGCCAGGAGGAAAUGGGCAGUGGGAAUCGUGCGUGCCUUCAUCAAGGGCUUCAUCACAAGGAAUGAACCUGUGAACCCUAUCAAUGAAAGGUUCCAGCAGCUCGUGAAGUGUGAGUUCCUACUGAGGUUGUCCAAGAGCCUCCCAAGCAACCUCCUAGACACCAAGUGGCCCCCAUCCCCAGCUCCCUGCAAUGAGGCCUCAAACAUUCUGCAUGGUAUGUACCGCACUUACAUGGCCAGAAGGUACGUGAAGGCACUGACCCCAGAAAAGAGAUCCAUGUUUGAAGAGAAGGUUCUGGCUGAACAGCUGUUCAAGGGUCAGAAAACUAGCUAUAUGGACAGUCUUCCUCACUGGUUCAUGACCUCAAGGCUCACUCCAGAGGACGAGAGUUUGAGAAAAACAGCCUUCGAAGACAUCAUCAAGACCCCUGGAGAAAAGACAAAAUACUGCAUCCCAUGCACCAAGUAUGACCGCCAUGGCUACAAGCCUCGGGACCGCCUACUGAUCCUAACUUCUGGGGCCUUAUAUCUCUUGGAGGCCAAGGAAAACAAGCUGAAACAGAAGCACAGAUUCUCCCUGAAAGAGGUCCAGGGGCUCCAUGUUUCUCCCAACACAGACAACCUUCUCCUGGUUCAGAUCCCAGUAGAAAAUGCCAAAAGAGACAAGGGUGACCUCAUCCUCAAUGUUCCAAAUGUCAUUGAGGCUGUGACAAAGAUGAUUUCAAUCAGUGACAACUCAGAAGUCCUGAAGAUUGCUGAGACAGAGACUAUCGGACACACCAUGAAGAAUGGCAAGCAAGGCACAAUUCUCCUGGGGACAGGCAGCAGCAUCACCACUAUAGACAAAAACAAGGAAGGCAAGCUGGCAGUGAUUGCUGGCCACUAAGAUGAAGGAUGUCUUUACCAUGAAUGCCAUAGUCCUGUAAUUGCAGCAUGGACAGACCUACAUCAUGAAGUCAUUCAUUCACAACCCCCACCCCCCUGCAGAAAAGAGAGAAAGAGAGUGAGAGGUGUACAUGCAAAGAAACAUUAUAUUGACCAUGGUAACCAUGUGGUUACUUAAGAGUGUGAGAGAGAAUUUCAUGUAGUCAUUUGGAUACACAUUAUUAUAUAUAUCAUUCUGUAAGCUAACUAAAAAGAUUUGAAGUACUUCAUAUCUAUCAUUAGUUGCUCUUAUACUUAUCCAAACAAACACGUUUUAAUCAGAAACUGUGUAUUAUGAAUUUUAUGUGAAAAAGUGGAUCAUUAAUAUAGUCUAAGAACUUCCAUUGGUGUGUUCUCAUAGUAAAUUACAUCACUGAGAGAUGACAGCCCUGAUUUGUAAGCAGUGCAUCAACUUUGCCAAGUGAUUGUUAGUACUUCAAACAGUUGACAUAUUUUGGAACAACCCUAAAAUCAAACAAAACAUAUACAUAUAUACAUAUACACAUACAUACAUACAUAUAUGUAUGAAAACAAACAUCAUAACAGGUACACAAAGAUAAAAAGAAACACUGCCACAAUAUAAACUGACAAAUCAUGUAAUAUUUCAAACUUACUAAGAGUUCUUUAUCAGAUGUAGUAAAAACAGAAAUGGUUUUUAGUUUUUACAACAUCUAAAUCACUCCUGGUAAGUUUGAAAUUUUACUUUUUUAUUCAGUUCAUAUUGUGGCAUUGCUUUUUUUGUUUUUUAUACAUACAUAUCUUUGUUUAUUUAUUUAUUUAUUUGUAAAUAUGUGAUGGUAUAGUAAUGACUAAAACUUCACAUAAGAAGGAAAAGGAUAUGUUCUGACAAUGGUACCAACCUGAUUAUUUAUUAUAUUCAAGAUACUACAGUAUGAAAAUAUGACAUUAUUACAAGAGAACACAAGGGUUAUCACAACAUUAAAAUCUUGAUAUAUAAAUAAUUGACAGCACAACAGAACACAGACAAGAUAAAGUAACAAUCAGGCAUAUCAGCUGAAGACUUGACAUGUCAAGAUAUCAAGACAGUGUUAGGUAAUCCAGAAUAAGAUGAGCUUGUUCCAGGCUCCUGAAUAGUUAAGGUCAGUGAUAAAGGGUGAUACAAUUUCUUACAUCCUAAGUUCAGUGAGUAGCUCUCAUGCCCAAACUGCUGGUGUGACCUGGGGGUAUAUGGACUGCAGUUAGGAAGAGGAGACAAUAUAUGACCUGACCUUAAAUGCAGUAUGACAUUACCUUGGACUGUGAUCAAAAGUAUAUACAAAUAGCAUUUAAUAUUAACUAUGCAAUCCUUUAUGUAAAUAAACUAAUUCUAAUAUUGAUAUCUUUCACACUGCUCUUCCAUGCUACUCAAGUUAUCCUUGACUUGCAGAGAAACCAAGUCCAGAAAAGUAAGGGUGCUAUAAUCUUGGAAUACUUAGCAAGGAUAGUGCUCCUUGAUCAGUUGAACUGCCACUAAGAGCUUGUACAAAGAGGUGGUAGUAGCCAAAGCAACCUCUCAAUUGAUGCAUAAGUAUUAUAGAGUUGCACAACACUGGCACUCUUCAAGGUUGAUGUGUGUGGUUACAUGUUUAACAUAUGAGGUUGAUGUGCUUUCAGCAUCCAUCUCUGUGGAAAGGAAAUGUACAAGAACCUGGUGGAAGAUGGAGGAUUACAGUGGAUUCAAAAUUUGAUCGUCCUGAAUAUUUAUUAAUAUAUAAUAUGUAUCACUAAUAUGAAUAUCAUCAAAAAGUCAAGUUUGAAAAAUCAUAACAUUGUUAUGGAGAGUGAUAAAGGAUAAGAAAUAGUAAUGAUAAUAUAGUUACCUCAUCUAUUUUGCAAUUGCAAAUUCAUCAUAAAAAAACAAGGGAAAGGAUAUGUUUAAUGAGAAGUCAUAUUAUAAGUCCUUCACAAAAAAGAAAAAAAAAUGAAAUGGGAUAUUUCAUUAUGACUCGCUUGGCUUAAUGGCAUUACAGAUGGUAGCAUGUUCCUAGUAGGCAGUCAUCCAGUGGCAAGUAACUGUGCCAUUUACUGGAAUGAGCAAGGCUACUGCAAUAUCCACUGAAGUAGUCAUGAGUGCAACACUUAAAAGUAAUAUAUGGUCUAAGUCAGUAUAACAAUAUUUUAAGAAUGAGGUGAUGAAUAAGCAAGGAUACAAAUUCUCAUGUGGAGUAACACACCCUGGGAGCAUAUUGCUUGAUUGAGUGGUAAGAGCCAGGCCUAGGCAAGGAAGAUCUGCUAAGAUGUGAAAGGAUCAGUAUUUGUUCAUGAAUUUCCUAAGUCAGCAUGAUAUGAAAUUAUUUGUAUAUAUUUUUCUGGUAAAAUUUCAUAUGAAUGCAAUGAAGUGAGUGACAGAACAUGCUGUCGUUUUGAUUACCCAGACCGAAUCUCAUCUUAUUUGGGAAUUACAAGAUUAGAGGCACCAGAUAAGUUCAUAAGUUUUGACAGUUGGCUUCAGGACUGGACAAGGUUAUGGUAUGUAGAAGUGUUAGUAUUUCAGUUCAAAUAACUGACUACAGAUGGUCGGUUGAUGGGCUACCCAACUCCAUCGCUAAUGGGGGCUUGGGAUGAUACAGGCACAUCUGCAAAAUAUUUAAUGAAUGAGCAAGUAUCUUUAUAUAGAAGAGAAAGAUAUGUGCAGCCCUACAAGUCUUAUUCAUAGGGAGGAUACAGCAUUUGGGAAUUUCACUAGAAAUUUAAUGUUUCUAGAAUAUUCAUAGAAAUUGAUUAGAGCAGACCCUUUGUGUGUUGUCAAGAGGAAAUUCUACAUUGAGAUAAUUGAAAUUGUAGGCGGUGAUGGCUGUAGCUACAUUGCAGGAGUCAAAUCUUAUCCUUCAAGGAAGCAGUGCUGCUUUGGCCAAAGUCAGGACUAAAUCAUUUACAAUAAAGGACCGUGAUUCCGAUUUCUCCAAAAAUAAAAAAAAUACAUAAUGAAGUACAAGCAAGGUAAAAAUGGGAAAAGAAGGUUAUAAGUGUAUAAAAGGGUUUUCCGUGAAACUGCCCUGGCAUUUACAUAUUGUUUAUAUUAAUACUUGGUAACCAUCACAAGCAGAGGGCCAUGAAAUGGGUAUAAUCAUAGAAAAACGAGCCACGAACAUCGAUAAUACGAACUUAAUUUAUGAAGAAGUACGAGAGGUAAGCUGCGAGAAUUACUGCCAACAGUACUAAAAAUCGCUACACAAUCAGGACUGUGAGGUGAAGGGAAAGUCGUUUGAAGGAGUAAUACAGUAGACAAAGUAAUUCCGAAAUAAGAAGCCAAUUACAGAAAAAUCGCAAACAAGUAAUGGGCAUCCUCAACAAAAAUGGACGUUCUUACUGUCCCAUCAAUUAACGGAUGAGAAAAAAGUUUCCAAGUAAGAGCAAAGGAAGCGGAAAGCAACGACGGCGUGACGGCUGGAGCAUCACCUGGGGGAUUUAGUGUGUGCAGAGGUGACGUGGACCAGGACAGGCUAAGUACUGCUCGAGAUGGUAUGGGAAUAAAUGAAUGAGUAAUUUUAAAGAAUAAACCUAUUUUAAGAAAAAGAAACAAAUGCAUUAGUACAUAAAAAUGUAUAAGAGUUUUAAGAAAAGGGGCGAUUUUUCGUGCUUCUAAAGCACUUUAUGUAAAGAAGUUUAGUAUUAGUAUUAGUGUAUCUAUUUUCAAUAUUUAUAAUAAUUCUUCAGUGAGAUACUAGUCUUGUAACAAUUUUAGUUUAUAUUGACGGUUUAAUCUAAGUACCCUGUUCAGAGAAGUCUUAGUUUGCCAUAAUAUUACACUGGGAAAAAUAAUAGAUAAAAAAUCACAAUUAUCGAAGCAACGAGUUUCAAGUUAUGGUAAAAUAUAGUAGUUACCCCCAAGUUUCAGUUUUCUAUGAAUCAAAAUUUGUAAAAUAUUAAUCUUCGAAUAAACGGGAUGAAUUGGGAACUUUGUGAGUCGUCAUAUUGAGAUAAAAGUUUUAAGAAUCUUGAUAUCAAAAGCAAUAAAUCGUAAAUACGGAGGAUUAAUCCUGUUGUCGAAAUUAGAAGAAAAGGGUCUCCCCUGAAAAUGCUAUAUUCAACCCUAACUAAUGUAAACAUUGUUUUACUUAUAUUAUUCCUGUGUGAAUAAGGUAGGCAAAUUGAGUACUUUGCGUGAAAUAUGUGCAGAAAAAAUAACCAAGUUGAUUAUGUUAGUUAAGGCGGCGCUUAUAUCCGUAAGGAAAAGAAAAUUGUGAUAAAAAUCAUUGUCUGCAAUAUGAUGGUGCCACGCACGGCCUUCUACUUUUACUAUUAAAUAAAGUGAUGAUACCCGUGAAUAUUUAGAAAUUAUUUAAAUCUCACAACGGACUUGAAAUCAUACGGCAGCAUGACAUUUUUUACAGAUUAGCUCUGCCUGUCUCCGGCUUUGCGCCUUCACUGCCUUCUAAUAUGCCUUCUUUGCACUAUCAUGAAAAAGUGCGUUUCUGUUUUAUUUUGAUUCUUCAUUAAUCAUAAACACAACAAGUAAAAUAUAUAUAUAUAUUUUUUUUUUUUUUCUUAUGAAUGCUUACAGCAGUUUUUGCCAACGAGCAGUGAUAGUGAUAAAUGGGCUGAAUGGCUUUGCACGAAUGUGCAAAGCCAUUUUUCGUGUAUUUUUGAGCCUGAUUUUAUUAUUCAUGUUCGGCAUUUUUGGGGGAUGUUUGGUGUUAUAAGUUUUUCAAACUGUUAUAUAAUUUAUUAUUAUAAUCACGGGGAUUAUAUCGUCAAAUGGGUACAAUCAAACCAGUGAUUUACUGGACGAUUCCAGACACAUGCACAGAUUUCAGCAGUCAAAUCAGUUUCCAUGUGCAUAUAUGCAGUAUGCCGUGUUUUUCUUUUCUAUUUGCCAAUAAACGUGAGAAAGACAAA